GUUUUUAUUUUUCCUAAAAAAAUGGCCAUGUUCUCCACCUUCCUAUAUUUUAGCUCCGUUGCAGUUAUACAUGUGCUUAUAAAUAUUGAAACCUUGCCGAUGAAUAGUACAUCCUGCUUUCUUUCUUUACCUUCUGUCGCUGGGUUUAUGUCGUUGAACAUGGAGCAGCAUCCUGGGUUUUUGUUGCUGAACAUGGAGCAGCAGAUUGAAGAUGCAACAAUGGAUAAAGCUGUUAAAGUUGCAUCAAUGGACAACUCCUUCCUUAGCCCAAUCGUGUGUAAACCUACAAAUGAAUCGGAUAAGGAAAUUGAUGACGUGGAGUUUGAGGCAUCGAAUGGUGGUCACAAAGACAUUCCAUCCAGUAUCGAGGAUAGCCAGCAAGCAAGCAUCUGUGAAUCUUUCUAUGAAUUGGCAAAAGUUAGCAAGUUUAAGAGAUUCGACAAAAGGGCAAAUGCUUUAAAGACUUGGAAGUGGGAUGAAGUGAUACAAAUUGAUAGUGAAACCGAAGAUGAAGAAGAGGAUGUUACACCUGUGAUAAAAAGAGCUAAGCAUGCUUUUGUUGUUGAAUCAAAAGUUGUUGGGUAGAAACAGAAAUGUUUUUAAUGGGUCUUGUAGUGGUGUUAGAAAUUGUACGUUGUUGUUUUUAUGUUUUUCCUUUCCUAGGGUGGACCAUGUGGCUGUAUCUUUUAUUGUAUUGAA